GAGAGCAGGUCGCUGGUGCCGUCCCGAGCUUCUCGAGCUGACACCGGCGCGUCCCGAGCGGUGACCAUGUUGUCGGCACGCGCUGCGCUCUUGCUGCUCUCACUGGUGUCAAGUUCGCUGGGAGUCCACCUCUCUGACUGGGAGUCGCCGGAGCAGGAGGAGGCCGCCCUGGAGAACACCGACCUCCUCACGGACGACACAGUCGGCCCCGGCGCGGCGCAAGACCAACUGCAUCCGUCCUCAAACUCGCUCUGUGAACUUGUCGGUCACACGCAACGGGUUCAGGUGUCGGGCUGCGCGCCCGUGGAGCUGACGGCCAACGCGUGCUCGGGCUCGUGCGGCUCGUACGCCCAGCCGUCCAGCUGGCAGACGCGCAGCCUCAACCCGCGCCACCUGCUCACCUCCAUCGGACAGUGCUGCAACAUCAUGGAGACGAAAGACGUCGUGAUAAAGAUGGAGUGUUUUGGAGGCCCCAAGCAUUUCACCAUCAAGUCAGCUACGUCUUGCGCGUGCUUCCAUUGCAAGAAAGCCUAACGCGACAGCUGGAUCAAGCGCUGCGACGGCAGACCAGGAGAUGCCCCAGACGGCAUCCAGAACCGCAGGGUCUUGCACUGACCAACGCAUGUACUAGCGACCAUAACCCAUAAUAUA